AUGAUGGAUAGAAUCCAAUUACCACAUUAUACUUUGAGAAAGCAUACCACAUCUAUAACGAAAUUGUUAGUGAUAGAUAAGGACAUCAUUGAACUAAAUGAAGAACUACAAAGAAAAUGUGAGAGUACACAUAUUACUAAUAUCAUCCCCAAAUUGAUAUCAACAGAUGAAGCAGGAAAUAUUGUGCUAUGGGAUUUGAUAACAAGACGUCCUAUUGGAAAUGCAGUAUCACCUUCUGGGGUUGCUAUAAUUGAUAUUCAGUUAAUAGCAAACAAAUAUUUGGUUUAUUUAUCCAAGGAUUAUACAUUAAGAAUAUUAGAUUGGUCUAAAUUUCCAUCAGAUUUAGAUUACAUCUUUGAGAUGAAUGUGAAUACUCUAAACUUUGCCAACUUUGCCGCUUCUUUGGAUUCGAAUAUGGAGACAAUAACAUUAUGUUGUUGCAAUACUCAGGAUUCUGAGACUAUAGAUGUUUACCAUAUUAGUAUUAGUACUAAGAGAUUGACAAGGGUAUUCAAUCAUAUUGAUUUCUACCCAAUGGUUAAAAAUGUGUUACAAAAUAUGUUAAAUAAAGUACCCGAUCGGUUAGGUAUGAUUAUGAAAUUUAAACAAGACUUAAAGACAAAAACCACAUUUAUUGGAUUUGAGAGCGGUAUCAUUGUUGGAUAUCAGAUUGUUCUUGAUAAGAUUGUUAUUACAUACUUAUCAGCAGCUCAUUUCCCUGAGCCGGUCUUAGAUCUUUAUAUUUUGUCUACCCAACAGAAUUUCCAGAGUAACGUUCCUGUUGUCGCUACAAAUAAAAACAAUGAUAAUAGUGAUAUGGGAAUCUUGUUGAGUUCAUCUACCAACAAUGUUGUUAUAAAACAUUAUUACUCUGCUCAUGUUAAUCAAACUUCAAGAGGGGACAAUAAUCUGGAAUUGAUCACUAAUUUACAAGUUUCUAAUUCAGAGAGAUUGGAAGUUAAAGACAAUAAAAUAGCACAUGUUGCAGCAUUUAAUCAAUUUUUGAUAUGGUCGACAUGGAAUGGCAAACUAUUUAUCAAAAAUGUUGUAAAGAAUACGGUGUCGAAAUAUAAAAGAUCAAAGAGUAACAUACGACCAAAUGAAUCAUCAAAAGGUUCUCUCAGUGGCAAUCCAACUCAGAAUAAUGAAUCUAAAUAUAUGAAAAUUAGUGCUAUGGAAGUUUACCAAUCAAGACUUGGCAAUAGUAAUGAAAUAGUACCACUGAACGUGAUGGUCAUGAAUUCCUCAAGACAAAGAAGAUUAAGACAAUUUAUUUCUCGUUCAUGGUGUUUUAUUGGUUACCAUGAUGGGACAAUAUCCAUAUAUGAAAUUGAAUGA